AUGGCAACAACCUUUACCAGCGCCGUCCUCGGCCAGCCCGAUAUCGCCGCCAUCGUCUUUGCGUUUCAGUUUGGACUCUACGAAGACGUGCGCCCGGCCUUCGAUGCGUGCAAUGAGUUGGUCGAGUUUAACGCUGGCCAACGCAGCUACGAGUGCGACGCGUCGUUUGGCCAAGCGUUUGCGCCUCCCGUCGAGUGCCCUUGGCACGACCGCCUUCCGCUGCACAUGGCGAUUUACCAGGGUUUGUUGCCACUCACCAAGCGCAUACUUCACUGCCGACCGGACCUCGCCUCGGAAGACGCCAUCCUCUUGGCCUUUCUGAGAAAUUACCUUGACAUUGUCGAGUUCCUGCUGAACGAGCGAGCGACCAUGCCCGAGCUCUCUCGACGUGUCAACUUCAAGAUUUCAUCGAACCGUUCUGGGGGUACGUUGACUCGAAGGCUCACGAAUGACGCAUGA